GCCGCGAUGGAAAGCAGUGGAGUGCCGCCUUGGGAGUCCUGGCUCGCAUCCCCGAGGUGGCCUUGCAGCCGACGGUGAUCAGCCUGAACUCCGCCCUUGCGGCAUACGAAGAGACAGCUCAGUGGCCACGCGCCUGCGAGCUGCUCCGAGGGUGCAGACCAAUCGUCGACCGCAUCUCUUACAACACUGUUCUGAGCUGCUUGGAGAAGGCACGGCAGUGGCUUCUGGCGCUCUUUUUAAUCGACAUCUUCGCAAUUGAGCGUCUCGCUGCGGACACC